AUGGCGGAUAAAUCAGACAGACGAAUCAAAGUUGGAGUUCUUACAGUAAGUGAUUCUUGCUUCAAUGGAAAAGCAGAUGACCGAAGUGGAUCAAACUUGUGUCAUCUUAUAGAUGAAGAUCACUUAAUCAAUGGAAACAUUUGUGUUAAAGAUAUUGUACCGGAUGACAUUGAAAAAAUCAAGAAAACAUUGAAGGAGUGGUGUGAUGUGAAAAAGCUGGACCUUGUUCUAACCACUGGUGGCACUGGGUUUGCUCCAAGGGAUGUAACUCCAGAGGCGACAAAAUCUGUAUUGGAGAAAGAGGCUCCUGGGAUGACUAUAGCCAUGUUGAAGAAAUCUUUAGAGGUCACUGACCUUGCCAUGUUAUCAAGGUUGACUUGUGGCACAAGGGGGCACACAUUAGUUAUCAACCUUCCUGGAAGCACAAAGGGCUCAGAGGAAUGCUUCCGGUUUGCUUUGCCUGGGAUUCCACAUGCUGUUGACCUCCUCAGGGGAAGUGACCAGUCUGUGAAAGACACUCAUUCCAAGCUUCAGGCAGAGGGGGUUGUUGAGCCAUCUAAGGAUCACCAUCAUGGAAAUCAUCAAUCUGUCCAGGAACAUGUCCACCCGAAAGGUCACCACCACCACCACCAUGGAGAACGUGGACAUCAUCAUGCCAGUCAUCACCAUGGAGGAGGAGGUCAUAACCAUGGCCAAAAGUCAGAGCAUGGACAUCACCACCAUAGUCACACUCAUAGUCAUCACCAUGGUCACAAUCAUGGACAUCAUGACAGCAGUAAAGUUGACAUAAAAGUGGCGUAUCGCCCUCGCGAGUCUCCCUAUCCUCUCAUCAGCGUGGAUGAAGCCGUACAGACCGUGCUGAAUACUACUCCUCAACUUGACAUAGAAACAGUUCAUUUUAAAGCGUGUAUGGGACGAUUCCUGGCUGAAGACGUUUUUGCCAAAGAUGCUUUGCCUCCAUUCCCUGCCUCUAUCAAGGACGGAUAUGCAGUUAUAGCGGCUGACGGAGAUGGAAAGAGGCUUGUUUCUGGUGACUCUACCGCCGGAGCUGUGCCUGAGGGCACUGUCACGUCGGGAUACUGUGUGCGAAUCAACACCGGUGCCCCUCUUCCCGUGGGGGCAGAUGCUGUGAUACAGGUCGAGGAUACUCUGUUGGAACGAUAUACGGACGACGGACGUACAGAGCUUGAAAUUAAGAUUAUGAAACCUCCUUCAGUAGGGCAAGAUAUCAGACCAAUGGGAUCGGAUAUUGCUAAGGGUGAAAAGGUGCUUUGUAAGGGACAAAAAUUAAGCCCCUCGGAGUUAGGCCUACUAGCAACUGUAGGCGUUACCCACGUGCCAUGCUUCAAGCAGCCUGUUGUCGGGGUCAUGUCAACUGGGAAUGAGCUACUGGAACCGGACGAGGCGUUGAGGGAGGGGAAGAUUCGAGACAGCAAUAGGACCACCCUCAUAGCUCAGCUGCAGGAACAUAAUUUUCCCGUCCUUGACCUUGGCGUUGCCAAAGACAGUCCCGAUAGCCUCCUGAAGUUAAUGAAAUCCUCUCUUGAGAAGGUCGAUGUCAUCGUGACCUCGGGUGGAGUGUCAAUGGGCGAAAAGGAUCUAUUGCGACACGUAUUACAGACGGACCUUAAGGCGAAAAUACAUUUUGGACGAGUUUUUAUGAAGCCAGGAAAGCCAACAACUUUUGCUACUGUGGAUGAUGACAAAGGGAGGCACUUGUUUUUUGGACUCCCAGGAAAUCCUGUUUCUGCUAUUGUGACAUGUAACUUGUAUGUGAUACCAGCCCUCAACAAAAUGCUUGGUAAUACCAACCCAGGGAGGACGGUGAUAAAGGCAAAGGUAGAAAAAGAUAUUCACCUGGAUCCUCGCCCAGAGUAUCAUCGUGUUUUGCUAAAAUGGAACCCCAACGAAGACCUGCCUUAUGCAUAUAGCACGGGAAACCAGAUGAGCAGCAGGUUAUUGAGCAUGUCCACGGCCAAUGGUUUACUUAUGCUUCCGCCGCGUACAGAAGAAAGGACGGUUGUUUUGAAGGGCGAAACAGUGGACGCCAUGAUCAUUGGACGACUUUGAUACCUUACCUCAGCGGUUUCUUAGCCUCUUUACGAAAACGAAAAAAGUGCUUAGCACUAGUAUAUCAAGAUUCUGGUACGAUUUAUGCAAAUAAAUAUUAGUCAGGGAGAGGGAUUAAAAUCAAGUGCAGGUACAAGUAUUGAAUUGAUUCACUGCAUGUGACUAUCUAUGAUUGCAUGAUGCGAUAUUGUAUGUUAGCAAAUUUCAAUUAAUUGUAAAGAGUUCCUUAACGUAAAGAUGUGAAAUUGUUUUUUUCAGAAUGAAUUUAUUUUCAAAUGAAUCAAUUGGCCAUUUAAGCAGAUACAGUAAUACUAUAGCUAUUUGUAGAUUAAAUAAUCAGAUUGAAUUUAAUUGAAUUGUCAGGUAUUUAUGUAUAUUUUCAUACAGCAAAAUUUAUU